AUGAUGGACGGCCGCCUCCUGGAGCACCCGCAUGCCCAGUUCGGGGGCUCGCUGGGCGGCGUGGUGGGCUUCCCCUACCCGCUGGGCCACCACCACGUGUACGAGCUGGCCGGCCACCAGCUGCAGUCGGCCGCCGCCGCCGCCGCCGCCUCGGUGCCCUUCUCCAUCGACGGCCUGCUCAGCGGCUCGUGCGCCGCUGCCGCCGCCUCCGUGGUCAACCCCACGCCGCUGCUGCCGGCAGCCUGCGGGGUAGGAGGCGACAGCCAGCCUUUCAAGCUGUCAGACUCGGGGGACCCCGACAAGGAGAGCCCGGGCUGUAAGCGGCGGCGCACCCGCACCAACUUCACCGGCUGGCAGCUGGAGGAGCUGGAGAAGGCGUUCAACGAGAGCCACUAUCCCGACGUGUUCAUGCGCGAGGCGCUGGCGCUGCGCCUGGAUCUGGUCGAAUCCCGAGUGCAGGUCUGGUUCCAAAACCGCCGGGCCAAGUGGAGGAAGAAGGAGAACACGAAGAAGGGCCCGGGGCGGCCGGCUCACAACUCUCACCCCACCACGUGCAGUGGCGAGCCGAUGGACCCAGAGGAGAUCGCGCGUAAAGAACUGGAGAAGAUGGAGAAAAAGAAGCGCAAGCACGAGAAGAAGCUGCUGAAGAGCCAGAGCCGCCACCUGCACUCUCCAGGCGGCCUGUCCCUGCACAGCGCACCGAGCUCCGACAGCGACAGCGGCGGCGGCGGCCUGUCCCCGGAGCCGCCCGAGCCUCCGCCGCCUGCGGCCGCGGCCAAGGGCCCUAGCGCGCACGCCGCCGGCCCCGCGGGUUCCGCGCCCGCACCGCCGGGCGAACCGCCCGCGCCCGGCACCUGCGACCCCGCCUUUUACCCGAGCCAAAGAAGUGGCGCAGGCCCGCAGGCGCGGCUAAGCCGCCCCGCGGACAAGGACGCGGCCCCGUGUGCGCCUGGGGCGGCGGCGGAACGCGGCGCCGCCGGCCUGCCGAAGGCCAGCCCGUUCAGCGUGGAGAGCCUGCUGUCCGACUCGCCGCCGCGCCGGAAAGCGGCCCCCGCCAACGCCGCCGCCGCCGCCGCAGCCGCCGCCGCCGCGGGGCUGGACUUUGCGCCCGGGCUGCCGUGCGCGCCGCGGACCCUCAUUGGCAAGGGCCACUUCCUGCUCUACCCCAUCACGCAGCCUCUCGGCUUCCUGGUGCCACAGGCCGCGCUCAAGAGCGCAGCGGGUCCGGAGCCGGCGCCCAAGGACGCGCCGCCCGCACCCGCCGCGCCGACGGCGCCGCCCGCUCAGGCCAGCUUCGGGGCCUUCCCGGGGCCCGGCGGCGCUCCGGACUCGGCCUUCGCGCGCCGCAGCCCCGACGCCGUCGCCUCCCCGGGGGCCCCGACCCCGGCGCCCUUCCGGGACGCGGCUGUGGCUGCGGCCGAGGGCGGCGGCGGGGACUGCGCGGAUCCGGGCACCGCCUGCCUAGCGGCCCCACCGCCGCCCCCUCUCGCGCCGUCGCCCGGGCCCGGCCCUAGGGCUCCCAGCCCCACUGGGGAGCCGUCUUUGUGCGGGGCCCCGGAGCCAGGCGCCGAGUCCGGACCCAGCGUUCCCGAUGGCGAGGAGGUGGACAUGGACUGAGGGGCGGCGUGGCCUGGAGAAGCGCUCAGCCGGCCGGCGCUCGCUCGCUCAGGCUCGACUCACACAGCGAAAUCAGGUGAUCGGCUUAGAAACACUGCUUUUUCAUGUUUCUUCUGUUUUCUUCCUUUUAUUGUUAUUUUUAAAAGAAAACCGCUGUUUCAAUUCGGACCUAGGCAGCAACCGCAGGACUUGGGGAGACCCUCUUCUUCUCGGGGGAAGCAAAGCAACAACAAGCAAGCAUUCCCCGCACAAAACCCACAACAAGAAUCCUCAGCCUUGUA